GAGGGAGCGAGGCUGUGGCGGCGCCCCAGAGCCGAGGGGACGCGCGGGCCUGGCGCCGCGGGAGCACACGGCUGCGGAGGAGACCCGGGGCUCGCGGCCCGGGGUGGGAGAGCUCGGCCUUUCGACUGCCCGCCUCAGAGGCCGCCGGCCGCUUCUCUCGCCCGGAGUGGCCGCCGCCCUUGGAGACUCGUUGUGACACGGGCCUAAGCCGCCGCGGGCGUCCGGUCCGGACCUCUGAGACCCGUCGGGCCCGGCCGGGUGGGGACGAGCGUCCGGGCAGGUGCCGUCCCCAGAGGGCCGGCCGGGGGCCAGGCGCCCACCCGCGCGGUCUGCGGGUCGGGCUUGGCGGAGGGGCCGUCCGCGCAGCACCCCCAGCCGGGGGCCGGGGCCCGAGUCGCCACCCCGCCCUCUCCGGGGACCGCCCGGCCGGAGCGGCGGGAGCCGGGAGACCCCGCGCCCGCCGCCGCAGCCCGCCAGGCUCGCGCGGGAGAGAAGGGAGGAGAAACUUUGGCUUUUAUUGUUUUUAGUCCUUAAGUGCAAGGAUCUGUGUGUUGGGUGGAAGAAUGUCCUUCUUCAAUUUCCGUAAGAUCUUCAAGUUGGGGAGCGAGAAGAAGAAGAAACAGUACGAACAUGUGAAGAGGGACCUGAACCCCGAGGAGUUUUGGGAAAUUAUAGGAGAAUUGGGCGACGGAGCCUUUGGGAAAGUGUACAAGGCCCAGAAUAAAGAGACCAGUGUUUUAGCUGCUGCAAAGGUGAUUGACACCAAAUCUGAGGAAGAACUUGAAGAUUACAUGGUUGAGAUUGAUAUAUUAGCAUCUUGUGAUCAUCCAAAUAUAGUCAAGCUUCUAGAUGCCUUCUAUUAUGAGAACAAUCUUUGGAUCCUCAUUGAAUUUUGUGCAGGUGGAGCAGUAGAUGCUGUGAUGCUUGAACUUGAGAGACCAUUAACUGAGUCCCAAAUACAAGUAGUUUGCAAGCAGACUUUAGAGGCAUUGAACUACUUACAUGAUAAUAAAAUCAUCCACAGAGAUCUAAAGGCGGGCAACAUUCUUUUUACCUUAGAUGGAGAUAUUAAAUUGGCGGAUUUUGGAGUAUCAGCUAAAAACACGAGGACAAUUCAAAGAAGAGAUUCCUUUAUUGGCACACCAUAUUGGAUGGCUCCUGAAGUAGUCAUGUGUGAAACGUCUAAGGACAGACCUUAUGACUACAAGGCUGAUGUUUGGUCUCUGGGUAUCACUUUAAUAGAAAUGGCUGAGAUAGAACCACCUCAUCAUGAAUUAAAUCCAAUGCGAGUGCUGCUAAAAAUAGCAAAAUCUGAGCCCCCUACUUUAGCACAGCCAUCAAAAUGGUCUUCAAAUUUUAAGGACUUUCUAAAGAAAUGCUUGGAAAAGAAUGUGGAUGCUAGGUGGACUACAUCUCAGCUGCUGCAGCAUCCCUUUGUUACUGUUGAUUCCAACAAACCAAUCCGAGAAUUGAUUGCAGAGGCAAAGGCUGAAGUAACAGAAGAAGUGGAAGAUGGCAAAGAGGAAGAUGAUGAGGAGGAAACCGAAAAUUCUCUGCCAAUACCUGCAAGUAAGCGUGCUUCCUCUGACCUUAGUAUCGCCAGCUCUGAAGAAGAUAAACUUUCACAAAAUGCUUGUAUUUUGGAAUCUGUCUCAGAAAAAACAGAACAUAAUCCUUCUGAAGAUAAAUUUAUCAACAAAAUUCCUAAUGAAAAACCCACCAUUGAUGAGCCUGAAAAGGCUGCGGAGGGUGUUAAUGAACAUGUUAAUGAUGCUCGUGUAGAAGCUGUGACUGAACUCCAUAACAGAACAACAGUAAUCAAGGAGAAUGGGAGGGAAGAGAAGAGACCCAAGCUUGAAAAUCCUUCUGACACAGAAGACCAAGAAACCAUGGACAUUAAUUCAGUCAGUGAAGGAAAAGAGAAUAAUAUAAUAACAUUAGAGUCAAAUAUUGAAUAUAGUCUGACACCUGAGGAAGAAAGGGAUCAGGAAAAGCAACAGAUGUUUGAAAAUAAACUUAUAAAGUCUGAAGAAAUUAAAGAUACUACUAUUCAGACAAUGGAUUUAGUUUCUCAAGAGACUGGAGAAAAAGAGGCAGAUGUUCAGGUAAUUGACAGUGAAGUUGGGCUUACAAAGGAAGAUACCCAAGAGAAAUUGGGAAAAGAUGACAAAACUCAGGAAGAUGUGAUCAGUGAUAUAAGCAAUGUGGUGGGAACAAAUGAGGCAGUAGAUGUUGCCUGGAAGGCAGCUGAAAACAGUGCUGGCAGUGGUCAGAGUAACGAUGCGAAAGAAGGAGUGGAAAUAGUCCAGAAGUUAAAUAAGCCUGCGGAGGGUCCUGAGGCUAGUGGUACUGAGGAAGUUCCUACAAAAGAAAUAGUUGAAACUAAUGAGGUAGAUAAAAAAUCUGUAGAAGGUAAAACUGACGAACCAGUAAUCAACAGUUUAGAGAACAUAUUGAAGACCAAUGAGGAACCAGGGACAAAUGAAAUUGAGGAAAUUAUUGAGACAAAUAGCACUGAAGAAACAGAAGUCAGAAGUGCAGUGAUUGAUACUGACCGAAAGGAUUUAGGAAGUGAAACUCGGGACGCUCAUAAAGUCACUACUCAGAUAGAUAUAGGAAAGAAAGAAAUUCCAUAUGAAGUGCCAAUUAAAAUGGAACCUCAAGUUACUGAAGCUUCACAGCCCAGUCAACCUCAGCCUGUUCCAAUACCCAGUAUUAAUAUUAACUCUGAAGAUGCAGAAAAUAAAGGAGAAAUAGGUGCUUUAUCAAAAACUGAAACCAUUCUACUACCUGAAUCUGAGAAUCAAAAGGAAAAUGAUGCUGAUUCAGGCACUGGCUCCACUGCUGAUAAUAGCAGCGCUGACUUGAAUUUAUCCAUCUCUAGUUUCCUAAGUAAAAGUAAAGACAGUGGAUCAAUAUCUUUACAGGAAACAAGAAGACAAAAGAAAACAUUGAAGAAAACACGCAAAUUUAUUGUUGAUGGUGUAGAAGUGAGUGUAACAACGUCAAAGAUAGUUACAGACAGUGAUUCCAAAACUGAAGAAUUGAGGUUUCUCAGACGUCAGGAACUCCGGGAAUUAAGAUUUCUUCAAAAAGAAGAGCAGAGAGCCCAACAACAGCUCAACAGCAAACUGCAGCAACAACGAGAACAAAUUUUCCGGCGCUUUGAGCAAGAAAUGAUGAGUAAAAAGCGACAAUAUGACCAGGAAAUUGAGAAUCUAGAAAAACAGCAGAAACAGACUAUUGAACGCCUAGAACAAGAACAUACAAAUCGCUUGCGAGAUGAAGCCAAACGUAUUAAAGGAGAACAAGAGAAAGAGCUGUCCAAAUUUCAGAAUAUGCUAAAGAACCGAAAGAAAGAGGAGCAAGAAUUUGUUCAGAAGCAACAACAAGAAUUAGAUGGCUCUUUGAAAAAGAUCAUCCAACAACAGAAGGCAGAAUUAGCCAACAUUGAAAGAGAGUGCCUGAACAACAAACAACAGCUCAUGAGAGCCCGAGAAGCUGCAAUUUGGGAGCUUGAAGAACGACACUUACAAGAAAAACACCAGCUGCUCAAACAGCAACUUAAAGAUCAGUAUUUCAUGCAAAGGCAUCAGCUACUUAAGCGCCAUGAGAAGGAAACAGAACAAAUGCAGCGUUACAAUCAACGACUUAUUGAGGAAAUGAAAAACAGACAGACUCAAGAAAGAGCAAGAUUGCCCAAGAUUCAACGCAGUGAAGCCAAGACUCGGAUGGCCAUGUUUAAGAAAAGUUUGAGAAUUAACUCAACAGCCACACCAGAUCAGGAUCGUGACAAAAUUAAACAGUUUGCUGGACAAGAAGAAAAGAGGCAGAAAAAUGAGAGAAUGGCUCAGCAUCAAAAACAUGAAAAUCAAAUGCGAGAUCUUCAGUUGCAGUGUGAAGCCAACGUCCGAGAACUGCAUCAACUACAGAAUGAAAAAUGCCACCUCUUGGUUGAGCAUGAGACACAGAAAUUAAAGGAGUUAGAUGAGGAACACAGCCAAGAAUUAAAAGAGUGGAGAGAGAAAUUGAGACCAAGGAAGAAGACACUGGAAGAAGAGUUUGCCAGGAAACUGCAGGAACAGGAAGUGUUCUUUAAAAUGACUGGGGAGUCUGAAUGCCUUAACCCAUCAGCACAGAGCCGGAUUUCGAAAUUUUAUCCUAUUCCCAGCUUGCAUUCCACUGGAUCAUAACAAUGGGAAGCAUUCUUUGAUUGGGUUUGGCUUUUUAAAUAUAUCAUUCUAUUCUCUUCAUCUUCUGCCACACUCUGUAUCAUAUAGCUCAUGAAGACAAUCACCUGCCUCACCUUCUAGGUGUUUUUUUAUGUUGGGGUUUUUUUAAAAAGCAAAGAUGAAGGGAAAACAAACUAAGACAGAUAGAUGCUAGGCCAUGUUGGCAAAGUAGCAUCUUGCAGUAAUUCCCUAAGGUGAUUUUGUAUAUUAAUCUUAAAAAUUGUGUUCUUUAGACACUGUUACCUGAAAAGCUGUUAGAGAAAUAAUGUUUAAAGUUAUUAAAAAAAAAAACAAAAAACCUGUUACAUCACUAAGUAUUAAUAAAUAUCUUUUUACCUGACCUAACUUCUCAACAAUGCCUAAAUUCUAUAGUUGAAACUCUGCUGUAGAGUUCAAAUAAUUUUCUUUUGGUAAAUCAGCACUCAUAAAAAAGGUAUGAGAUGCUCAAAAUAUGUUAUUGAUUCAGUAAAUAAAUAUAUAUUAUCUUUAAAUAGGGACAAUCUCUUUUAAAAGAGAAAAAUUAUUUCAGUAAUUUGUCUAAAAUAAUUAUCUGUUUAGGCGUAAGAUAGUGUCUAAAACACUAAAUUUCAAUCAAGUCUAAAAUAGGAUCUUUUUUUUUUUUUUUUGAUCAACAGGGACAAAGCACACUUAGCAUUAAACAUUAUUGAUUUAAAAAUCUUCCUCCUACCAGCCAGCUGUUGAAAAAAACAAAAAAAUCUUGCUCCAGUUACCAUUUGAUAGAAAUUUUCAUCCUAAAAUAUAUGUUGUCCAGAGUUUGGAAAGAUGAAGCAAAAGGUAGAUUUUAGAUGUGCAGAUUGGAAAUGUAAAACUCACCAAAUUAAGAGUAAUAUAGAUUUAGCUGUUUCACUUUAUUUCCUAAAGUAAUACAUCAGCUUGUUAAAUGACUUCUCUCCAUUUAGCAAAUUCUGUUUGUUUAAAACUCUGUCAGAGCCCUGCAGGCUCUGAGUUUUAUAUAUAUAAAUAUAUUUUCUGAAAGUCAUUUUAAAA